UAUACUUUUCCAUGAUAUUCUAAGUUUUUGGAAAGGGUCUAUAUAAGGAAGUGAGAGCACAGCAUGUAGAUUUGCACAACUUAAAUAAAUUCUUUGUUUCAUUUUUCCCAAGAAAAAAAACCAAAAGCAUUGUGUUGCUGCAUCACAGUUCAGCAGAAUUUACAGGCUGCAGCAUGCACAGUCAUGUCCUUCAAUGUUUGGACAGAGAUUACCAGAUUACCAGAGUAAUCAGCAAUCACUGAACGUGUCACUGAAGAAUUUAUUGUGUAUAAAGUGCGAGUUUAAAAAAAGCAGUCUCACAGGUUCCUACAGGUCUUCCUAGCUGUAAAAUGAGCCAACAGGUUUUUCUGUUGCAACGUGUUUACCGUCUUCAGCACACACCCCGCUGCGCUUCACAGUUACUGCAGGAUAUUUUAGAGCUGAGAGACUCAAACACAGGCUUUGUUUUGUUUUCCUCUCUCGUUUUAAAUGUGUUAAAAGCAGAGCUUUAACUGAAUUGUUUUUUAGAAAAAGCUUCCUGUUGCUUUGUGGGAGCUCCAGCUGUUGCACUCUACAUUGACCUGACCCUGACACGUGUGAAUGUGCAGUGAUUCAUUGGCUGAACUGGUUCAGCCGCUGGGUGUGAAAAUCUGCUGAAGAAGAUGUUUGCUGCUGAAGCCAAAGCAUUUGUCCAGACGCUGGGAGAAACAGACCUCAUCUCUAAUGAUAACUUAAACUGUAAAAUGGAUCUGCUGACUCUGGUCAAAGUCACUGAGGGAAGUUUUUGGCCAGUACAGAAGUACAAAGUGAUACACUGCAGCCUGCCUGAGCUCAUGGAGGAGGAAAACUUCUCUCCAGAUUACACCGAGGAAGUCUUGGUGGAGGACUUUAAGAUCACUGCAGAGAAGAGUGGGAGUGGAGGUGUAGGUGGAGAAUGCAGUAAUGUAGGUGAAGCUUAUAUUAAUGCCAGCACUAGUUCUGUGGAUGGUCUGGUUCAGCCCGUCAGCAUGAUGACAAAGAAGGCCAAUGUUAAAACUGUGGUGAGCAGAUUCAAGGGCAGGAAAAUACAUAAGGACAGCUUGGACGUGCUGGGAUUGAAAGAGAAGGAUAAACUGAUGUUUGUUUCUCAAAUAGUUUACAACUCCAGCCCUGUCAAAGUUAUUAGAAAGUCUACGACUGAUGGCUCCAUUUUCACUUCUUAUGUAAAGAUGCUGAGUGUCUUUGCAAAGGGGAGCAGUAAGGUGGAGACAAGCUUCACUGUGCCAGCAAAAUCCAUCUUUGCUUACGGCCUGGUGGAGAUAAAGAUUGAGGAUGAGAAGCUGAAGAUCUCAUGUGAGCCGUGGACUCGUAGCUUACUCGAUUGGCUCCUUGGUGACGACGUAAGCAAUCCAACUGUGCAAAAAGUAAAAGAAGAACUGGAAAUGAAGGAAGCUCUUCUGCAGCCGCUGGCAGAUCUUCCUGAGUCGACUCGUUGUGAUCUGCUGCAAACACUCAGCGAGCUCGUAGAGGAUGGAGACAAUCUCUCUCUGCUGGAUAAAACACUGGAUCACUGCAGUAAUGGAGUGUUUGAGUGUGUUCAGUCUGAGGCUGUCUCUUCCUUCAUGGACCUUCUCAUUGUCUCAAACAUCUCCACAAGUGAGCAGGAUGCUGUUCACAUGUUGGUCAGCGCCCUGCACACUCUGCCAGACGAAGUGCCGCCACUUCUGACUCGCUGCAGUCCAGAUACUCUGAGAGUCCUCGACCAGCUGGUGGAUGGGCUGAAGGAUGGUCGGGCCAACCUCCCAGAGUCCCUGCCCGUCCCCCUGCAGGAGGGAGGGGAGCUCCGCUGGGUGGCCGAGUUCAUCUGUUUGAACGAUCAGAAGCUGAAAGAGUUGAGUGACGGCUGGGACCGACCCGAGCUGCCCCCAGAGGUUCUGCUGGAGGUUCUGUGCCUCGCUGUGCAGGGACUCAGCCUGAUGCAGCCCACAACAAACCCUUAAUGUCAGCUGCUCUGAUCUUUGUUAAUGUGCUUUUACAGCAGCUGAUGUUUGUGAUGGUUCAGUGUCCAGUCAAGUGAAUACAUCAUAGUUUUGAUGUCCAUCGCUGAUUCCACAAUUGGUGAACUUUAAUUCAAUGUCUCUCUCUGAUUUUGUUUCCUGUUUCACUUUGUCAUCUUUCAAAGAUAACAUCAAAAAUAACCAACAGAAUUCAUAUUCUAUUAAAGUAACAUACCUUUAUUAAGUUCUUUACAUUAUUGUUAUGGUUCAUGUCAUGUUUCCUGUAAUUUGACGGUUUUCCUGGACUCUUUUUGUUUGCAGACUCCACUUUAGUCAUCGCGUCUCCAACCUCUUCAUGUUCAUUUUGAGUUUUUUAACAAGUUGUUUAUAAAUACUUUUUAAAUUCCUGGUUAUUAAAGGUUUGAAAUUACGUGAAGGGAACAAGUGGAACAGUUUUUGUAUUAGAAUAAAAAAGAAUGUUUAAAAA